AACGAUAAUAGAACAAAUGAAAUUCAAAAGAAAAAAAAAGAAAACAAGAAACGUCAGUAUAGUUUUUAGGGUUCUUCCAGCCUUCACUGGCUGAUGCUGAAGAAAGUUGGUGGAAAGCAGCUCCAGAUAACCUUUUUUUGCCAGGGCUAUUUGAAGCAAAGCCCUAGUAGCCAGCAUUCCAUCACGACUGUUCUUCUAAAUCUAUUGCUCAGGCUAAAGACAUAAUCCAGUAAUCAGAGCUUCCAAAAAUAGUCUAAAAUUCACCUCAAAAGAAAAUGGCAGAUAGAUCAAGCAGUCCCAACUUUAAAUCGAGCAAGAAAAACACAUCUCAGACUCAAGUAUGAUUGGUUUGACUUUGAAACUGACUUUACUACUGACCUUUGGGCAUCUAUUGUUUAUUAUUAUUUGGGCACAUAUUAACAUUUGGAUAUUGGAAAAGUCUCAAAUAACGAGAUUUACGAAAAUUUUGUUUGUUCUACAAACUAGUUUUUUUGGUUUGAUACUUUUUGCUUCUAUUUUUUAUGGAAACAUUAAUUAUGAUUCAGUAAGUUACUUGCAGGUGAAAGAAAAUAGAGUUGCGAUGAGAGAAAAUGCAGGCAACAACAAAGAACCAAAUAUAAACGUCAAUAAACCGGAGAACAGUCACUUAUAUUCAAUAUUCGAGAUUCUCAAUGAAAACUAUCCAAUCAGUUCGGUUUGUUUUCUAAUGAUAUGUGCGAUAGCUGGCACUAAGUUUAUUGUUCACUUCAUAUUGCAUGCUUUAAUAUUCAGGCUAUCCAAAAAUCGAGGCAAAUCGAAAUUGAUAUGUUGUGUUGGCUUUGGUCGUUUUGUGUUGUGCUCAAGCUUCUACUAUGUGAGAAUCAUCGACUCGCUAAGUAUGCAGCUCCGGUUGUUCUUGAUCUACAUCAUGGUUUCCAGUGUGUGGGUCUACUUGGUGAGCUAUAAGGUGCACAGGUCCAUCAGCGUCGUCUACUGCUGUUUGUUUGUGGUUAUGCUCAACACACUCCACAGCUACCAAAUGUCCAGCCAACAGCAGGACUUGAGCCUGUUCAAUGUGGCGUCGUGGGCAAUGCUUCUCUACGACUGUGCCGCUGAGCAGAUGGUGUGUGUGUUGUAUGGAGUGGGCGAAGAGGGCCUUUGGAGGCUUCCUGUUUUUUCUGGCAAAGGACCAGGCCUAGCGAUUCAGGUCCACUCCAAGCACGACUUGCCCCAGUGAGAGCCCUAGCGUGGUUGUCUGUGGAAAGAGAACCUGAAGGCGCAUUUUGGUAUGCUG